GACCCCGCGGCCUAGACCGACCGGUAUGCAAUCCCUUGUCCGACGAUGCUCCUCCUCCUGAUUGCCCCGGUCGCGGUGGUACGCGCGAGGAACGGCCCCUACUCUGGUCCGGUCCCGCCCACGUACGGCUACGAUGCGACGAGCGCCGUCUUGCAGCGCCCCGCCUGGGCCAAGCCGCGGCGCGACGCCGCCGCGGCCAGCGCGUUCGGCGACGCGCAGCCCGAGUGCGACGUGCCAAUCUACUCGCUGACCGCCUGGAAACGCGCGCACGGCCGAGACUUCCCGGACCAUCCAUGCAUUUUUGCCGCGGACGCGUCCACGGCGACGCGCGGCUUCGCUGCGUUCCCGGAUAUGGACCGGUUCCUUGCACUCUUCGGGAACGAGACCGUCGAGGCUCUCCCGGGCUACGCGCAGGCGGGCGGGCAGUACUGCGCCAUCAACGUGGGGUGCCGCGUAAAAAUAAGAGCGACGCUCUCGGACCUCGCGUCGCAAUGGACAGGCGCGUUAGCGGGGUUCUACGUGUCGCAAUUUGGCUGUGGGCCGCUGUGUGAGCGCGUUCUUCCUUACCUCGGCGUGCCCGAGCUCUUCGCCGAUGCGCAGCCGAGGACGAUGAACCUACUUGUCGGCCCGGCGCGGACGGGCCUGCCGUUCCAUUACCACCAGCGGACGUGGCAGGCGCUCAGCUUCGGGCGGAAGGCGUGGUUUCUCGUGCCGCCGGGUCGAAUGUCGGACGACCUCGCGCGCGUCGUCGGGCCGCGGAUCUGGCCCGGCGACGGCUUCGUCGCGGCAACGCGGGGGGUUCCGCCGGGCCAACGGCCGCUCCGGUGCGUCCAAUACCCCGGCGAGAUUAUAUGGCUGCCCGAGAACUGGUGGCACGCGACGCUCAAUCUCGAUGCGUCCGUCGCGUACGGCCAGAAGCCGCUCCUUCCGGAACCGGGGCGCCUUGCCCAUACUCCUGACGUACGCACACCACUGCUCGCUGCCUUCGCCACACCGCAGGCCACUCUUCCGUGGUUUGAGCUUAUCGAGAUUCGCGCGUCGAUGCAGCGUUCCGGCUGGGACGCAAACCGAGGCCUCGCGCUUCUGGAACGGACGGCAGCUGCCUUACACGAUGCUGCGGCGUCGGCGGUGUCCCUGGGCAGCGAUGUGGCCGUUAUACACGCUGCGGCAGCGUUCGGUCUCUGCGUCCUCGCCGGUAGUGCCGACAAUUCGCGCGCGAAGCAUGGGUGGCCCGCCUCGCAAGUGGCGACGCACACAGCCAAGUGGCGCCGCGCCGCCAGCACACUCGACAACGCCACGUGCUCCCUCCAGUGCGCCGAGAACUGCCCGGCGAGAGAGAUAGGGGGGCACUGGCACUAGAAGCCCAAUGAUUCGCGUUGCUCGAUUGGCUUCUAGAGCGGAAUCUGCCCAAUAAUAAUUUAUGAUUUAU